AUGGAUCUAUUGACUGAUUUUAUCAAGUUCGCAUCAUUUCACCGUCAACCUCCAGAUAGCAAUGUCCGACCGGCCGUAGCCCACCAAGAAGAUGCAUUUCCCGCGCCUAUUCGCGGACCGGUUACAAGCAUGAUGCCAGACAAGUAUGAUAGGUCCUUGCCUGUCAUGAUGAACGAUGACGCAGACAUGGCUGGCAAACUCGAGCACACCCUGCCAAACGUCUACUCUAUCACCGGUCAUCGCCGUGACGCUGAUGUCGAGACACUUUUCCAGCUGCGAAUCGAAGGGAAAGACGGACGACAAGCUUGGGUCCCUGAGAGCGCUGUUCAAGAGGAUUCAGAAAUGGUCCUUUUCGCCUACUGGGACAGUGUCGCGGAUGGGCGUUUGGGCGCAAUGGCCCACAAAGACCUUUGGCAUCCGUUCAGGAUCGAGGGUCAUAGAAAGACUCAUAGGGGUAGUCAGCUAUUGGUUUACUGGGUGGGGUCGCCUAAGCGGUCUUGGCAAUACGAGAGAGUCAUUAGGAAGGCUGAUCCCAAGCUCGUCAAGGACUACCGGGUUUCCGUAAGGCAACAUCAGAAGCAGGACCAAACUAUCCUCAGUGCGAGACAAUCAGCUCGUCGUCGACAAAGAAACCGGAAGAUAUGUCAAAACCGUGCAGGGUCAACCAGAAUAACCAAGAAAUAUGCGUACUCAAGGCGAUCAAGGCAGCCGGCAUAG